CUAUAAUAUACAAGUUUAUAACAAUAACGUACGAAAUUUUCGAGCGUCAAGUUCAUAAGGUUAUCUAACUUUAACACAACACUUGUCGGCCACACUUUAUCAGUUUCGAUUGCACAUUUCAAUAUUUGUGUAAUACCUGCAGUAAGUGUUUUUAACUCGCUAAUAAGUACAAACGAGCAAUCAUCAAUAUGCCACCUUGGUUGGUAAUAGGUGUUUCGGGAGUUACAUGCGGUGGUAAGACCACACUAGCACACCGGCUACGUGAUUACUUUAAACAAGUACGUGGCGCACCACUAUGGAAUACACCAUAUGUUGUUGGUGAUGUGCAGCUACUAUCACAGGAUGAUUAUUUCCUACCAGUGGACGAUAUGCGACAUAAGUGGAAUGAAAAAUUAAAUGCGAUAAAUUUUGAGUUACUAAGCUCAUUGGAUAUGAAACAAAUGCUAGCAGAUGUAACAUGGACAAUGAAUGGCGGUUAUUCAGGUGGUGAUACAAUGGAAAAUAUUGAGUAUAUCAAUGAAAUGUCUAUGUCAACUAAUUUCGAACAUUAUGCCCAACCACUUACACAACAAAUUUACCAAACGAAUCACUAUAAAGGACAACAAUGUGGUUUAGCUGCACGGCAUCAAAAUCAUAUGCAAAUGAAACAUAACGCAUAUCCUCACCAACAUGGCCAACAACAUCACCAUAACGCACACAUACAUACGACAAAUACAAAUGGAGGACAUUCUACGCAUAUAAUGCGUAUCAAUUCGCAAUUGGCCGCACAUAUGCGUGACAACAAAAUCAAUUUGCUUAUCAUUGAAGGCUUUACCAUAUUCAAUCAGCCGGAACUGUUGACAUUGUGUAAUAUAAAAUUCCAUUUCCAUUUGCCAUAUGAAAAAUGCUAUGAACGCCGACAGAAGCGCAGUUACGAUCCACCCGAUGUAACAGGCUAUUUUGAAAUUUGUGUUUGGCCACAUUAUGAAAAGAACUUUAAUGAAAUACGCGAUCGACAGGAUGUAACAUUUCUAAAUGGUGAAUUGAGUAAAGAGCGUAUUUUUAAGUUUGUGUUGCAAAAAAUUGGCAAUUAUUUUGAGGAACGCUGUGAUGUAGCCUGCCCGCCACCACAAAAAUUGCUGGGCAUACCGAGUUGUAUGGCAUCGGAAAGUUGUGGUGCUGGUGGUAGUACUCGUUUAAUGACCGGUAUAAGUGGUACGACAUCCUCAAAAAUCUGUCCAAUGGAACAACAGUAAACUGGUGUUGGAUUUAUUGUAAAACUAUUCACAAUUUUAUAUACUUUUUAAGAUUUUUCUAAUUGUACGUUGUAAGUAAGAGUAAUUAUACCAGUUUAUUCUUUAGUUUUAAGAAAGUUGAAGUCUAUUUGAGUCUAUAAUUCAUAAAACAGAAAAAAUAUACGUAUUGAAUAUGUAUGUAUGUAUACUAAAAAUGAACCAUUCGUACCUUUUACUCACACUGUAAAUAUGCGUACAAAAAUAACUUAAUGAAUAAAAGUAAACAAAAAAAAAAUAAAAAA